UCUCUCCGUCAUGGCGUACUACGGACAUCAACCUCCUCCACAACACGAUCAGAAUUUCUUAUGGAAUAUCUUCCAAAGAGUGGAUAAAGAUCGAAGUGGUGGGAUCUCUACCAACGAACUACAGCAGGCGCUGUCAAAUGGGACUUGGACGCCUUUUAACCCAGAAACUGUGCGACUUAUGAUUGGAAUGUUUGAUCGCGACAACAAUGGAACUAUCAAUUUUCACGAGUUUGCAUCUCUGUGGAAAUACAUAACUGACUGGCAGAACACAUUCAGAAGUUAUGAUAAGGAUAACUCUGGAUCAAUAGAUAAGAGAGAGCUGCAAACAGCCUUGACUAGUUUUGGUUACAGGUUAACAGACAGAUUUUAUGGUAUUUUGAUCAAAAAGUUUGAUCGCAGUGGUCAAGGAGUUGUCAAUUUUGAUGAUUUCAUUCAGUGCUGUGUUGUAAUACAGAUGUUGACAAGUGCAUUUCAGGGCUUUGACACAAACCGAAGUGGAUGGAUUACCAUUAACUAUGAACAAUUCUUGUCUCUAGUAUUUAGUUUGAAAACCUAAAAGAUGCUCAUUAAUUCUUCAAGUACAACACUUCUAUCUUAUUUAAAUAUUAGUAGGUCUUGUUACUACUUCAUACAACAGGCUUCAAAUAGUGAGUAAUAGUCAGUAGGUAAAGAAGAAACCUUCCAAACUUUCCCUUCUACAAUAUAUGGACUCGCUACUGAAAGUCUUGUUUAGGUGAAUGUUCUGUGUACUGCUUUGUAGCCUGCACUUUGAAAGAAAAGGAUGUUUAACCCCUCAAGUUUCACUCCCCAGGUUCCAUUUUUAGUCAUUCUCCUUACCGUCUGCUAUACAGUUCUUAUGAUGGUAGUUUGGAGAAUUUGGUAUGGGAUCAACUAAUAAUCCCCCAGUU